GCUCAAUUGUCUUCUUUUGCCGGCACUUUCUGGGUGGUGAUUUGAGUUGAACUGACAGGCAGCAACCAAGUAUUGACUGGCACGGAAAGCACUUCUGACCCUCGCUCGGUUCCUGACAGCCAAAUUUCCCGAUAUUUGAGUCUCUGUUCCUGUCAAGACCAACAAUACGAACGUCACACGAUCUUCUGUCGACAGCAGGAUACACGAUAGACAACUCCAUGGCCACCAACGGAGUAGGUUCUAAGGAGUUAUGGAGACACUCUUCUCCUCAGACCACCCAAAUCUAUGACUUCAUCAAGACUGUCAACAAGAAGCACGCCUUGUCUAUCGAGUCCUACAAUGAUCUUUGGGAAUGGAGCAUAGCCGAGCCUGCCAAAUUCUGGGAGGAUGUCUGGCACUACACUUCAAUCGUGGCUCAUAAGCCUUACGAGCGCGCGCUGAGUUCAGAACAGCUUCUCUUUCCCCGGCCUAAGUUCUUCGAGGGGAGUAGACUCAACUUUGCCGAGAAUCUACUCUACCCUUCCGCGUCCCCGGACGAGGAUUCGGUGGCGGUCAUUGCCGCCACCGAGUCGGAUCGUGAAUACGUGUCCUGGAAAGAGCUGCGAGACCGGGUCAGGAGAUGCGCCAACUCUUUAAAAGAGGCAGGCUUGCAGACUGGGGACCGUGUCGCAGGUUUCCUGGGAAAUCAUACGAACACCGUCGUUGCAAUGCUCGCCACUGCCUCGGUUGGCGCCUUCUGGACAGGUAUUUCUCCAGACACCGGAGUGCAUGCGGUGCUGGAACGCCUGAAGCAGAUCGAACCGAAGAUCCUGUUUGCCGACAAUGCAUCGCUGUAUAAUGGAAAAGUGCACGGAGCGGAUACCAAGUUGCGUCAGAUCGUUCCAGGUCUGCCCAAUCUUGAGCUUCUGGUUGUGUUUGACACCGUCAAAUCUUACGAAUUCAAGCUGGAAGAAGUGGCGCCGCUGCAGGGCAAGGUUACUUCCUACAGCUCUUUCCUUGCGACUGCCAGAAUCCCUUCAGCUCCUCUCGAGUUUGCAAGCUUGGAGCCAGAUCAUCCAGUCUACAUCUUAUACUCCUCCGGUACCACCGGAGCACCGAAGCCGAUUGUACAUGGUGCUCUAGGAACGCUCCUCCAACAUAAGAAAGAGCACGUUCUUCACUGCGAUAUACGUCCUGGAGACCGAGUCUUCUAUUUCACAACCACCACCUGGAUGAUGUGGCAUUGGCUGGUUUCUGGCUUGGCCAGCGGAGCCACCAUCGUUCUCUACGAUGGCUCACCGUUCCGACCAUUUGACUCCGAAGGCGGAUGCGGGGAGAUGGCCAUGCCACGCUUGAUAGAUGAACUACAGAUUGCGCACUUUGGCACAUCUGCCAAGUAUCUCUCCAUCUUGGAGCAGGCAUCACUGAGCCCGACAAAGCACCCCCAUCGGCCGGUCAGCCUCGAGACUCUAAAGGCCAUAUACAGCACGGGCUCACCGUUGGCUCCGUCCACUUUCGAAUAUGUCUACUCAUCUAUUAAGGCAGAUAUUAUGCUGGGGUCGAUCACCGGAGGUACCGAUAUCCUAUCACUCUUCUGUGGCAGUUGCCCGAUUCUUCCCGUCCACAAAGGCGAGAUCCAAUGCCGGUGCUUGGGCAUGGCCGUCUCGGUCUACGACUAUGCCGGCAGCGACAUCAGCACCUCGGGCGAACCAGGCGACCUUGUCUGCACCCGGCCUUUCCCCGCCCAGCCCGUGAUGUUCUGGCCCCCGGGUCCUGUCGGGGCGGAGAAAUAUCGCAAAAGCUAUUUUGACGUGUUCGGUCCGUCCAUUUGGCAUCACGGCGACUUCGUGCGCCUGAAUCCUCAAACGGGGGGAGUGGUUAUGCUAGGCCGCAGUGACGGUGUGCUGAAACCGGCUGGGGUCCGAUUCGGCAGUGCGGAAAUCUACAAUGUUCUGCUUAAACAUUUUGCAGACGAGGUCGAGGACUCUCUCUGCAUCGGACGAAGGCGUGAUGGUAUUGACACCGACGAAACGGUUGUCCUGUUUGUCAAGUUGCCGCCGACAUAUGGGGCCAUGGAUGUCAUACCAUUGGAUCUUGCGGCUCGCAUCCAGGCAACCAUCCGCAAGGAGCUCAGUCCUCGGCAUGUACCAGCGAUUGUGGCCAUAUGUCCCGAGAUCCCGGUGACAUCUAAUGGUAAGAAAGUCGAGAAUGCCGUGAAACAGAUCUUGUGUGGGUUGAACAUCAAGAUCGGUGCCAGUGUUGCGAAUGCCUCGUGCCUUGACUGGUACCGCACCUGGGCUACGGCGCAUCCCUAGUCGCGAGGACGCAUCCGUAGAGUAAUAUGAUUUGUUGGAGGUAUUUAAACUCAAAGAAAGGGUAGCGAAC